AUGAGUAAUGAGCAUUUUAUGUACAAAACUUUAAUUGAAAAAGACGUAAUAUCAGCUUUUCCAAAUGUUGAAAUCGCAUUACGCAUGUAUUUAGUAAUUAUGGUCACCAUUUGUAGUAGUGAACGCACAUUUUCAAGAUUGAUAAUUAUAAAAAAUAGAUUACGAACUACAAUGAAUGAAGAUCGUUUGAACUUUUUAUCAGUUAUGAGCAUUGAAAGUGAUGUGUUGGAUAAUCUGUCAUUUGAUGAUAUUACAGAUGACUUUGCAGAAAAGAAAUCAAGAAAAGUAUGCAAUUUAUAA